GAAAACGUUUUGAACAUGAACGCACUUCAGGGCGGGGAGGGGAGGGGGUGCAUUUUGCGGAUUCGUACAACAAAGAUCUCGGCAAGCCUCAAAUGUCCUGCACGGUACGACAGCGAACGCGAGAGUGAAUGGCACGGGACUUUGAGGGGGUUUUCGUUACGUCGCUUCACCGGACGGCGAAUUUUCGCUGAUUUGCGCCUUCAGCCUCCACCAGAGGUUAUACGGGCACGGGACUUUCGUAGCCGUAAUUCAGUUGAGGGAAAUUUUGAUUCACGAGUGUCCCAAGGAACAUUAGUGGAAAACAUGGAAAACCGUUCGAUAUCGAAGAAGAGAAAGUUUGUGGGAGAUGGUGUCUUCAGGGCUGAGCUAAACGAGUUCCUGACCCGCGAACUCGCCGAGGAUGGCUAUUCGGGCGUGGAGGUCCGCGUUACGCCGAACCGGACGGAGAUCAUCCUGUUGGCCACCCACACGCAGAGCGUGCUCGGCGAAAAGGGCCGCAGGAUCAGGGAGCUUACGUCCGUAGUGCAGAAACGGUUCAAUUUCAAGGAACCGCAGAACGUCGAGUUGUACGCCGAGAAGGUUGCCACGCGUGGGCUGUGCGCCAUCGCGCAGGCGGAAUCCCUCCGGUAUAAACUGAUCGGAGGUCUCGCUGUACGAAGGGCGUGUUACGGUGUUCUACGUUUCAUCAUGGAGUCAGGUGCCAAAGGUUGCGAGGUGGUUGUCAGUGGUAAACUGCGCGGGCAGAGAGCGAAGUCGAUGAAAUUCGUCGACGGCCUCAUGAUCCAUUCGGGCGAGCCGACUAACGAGUACGUGAACAGCGCCACCCGGCAUGUGCUUCUUCGGCAAGGGGUAUUAGGAAUCAAGGUUAAAAUUAUGCUUCCUUGGGAUCCCAACGGCAAGAGCGGCCCGAAGAAGCCUCUUCCGGAUUACGUAUCCAUCGUGGAGCCGAAAGAAGAAGUACCGCCGUCCGUUCCGAUUUCCGAGGUGAAACCGUCUAAAGAUAUACCUUCUCAACCCACUCCUCUCGUCGUGUAAUAAUUAUUUGAAAUACAUUUACAAAGAGAAUCAAA